AUGGCAACAAUACAGCGACGAUUAUUAAAAGAAUUUAAAACUGCUAAGGAAAAUUCAGCUCAAGUCAAUAAAUUAGAACCAAAAGGAAAUGACAUUUUGCAAUUGGAAGCUAAGAUUGUUGGACCCGAUAAUUCACCGUAUGCUGAUCAUAUCUUUACUCUUGAUAUUAACUUGCCAACGGAUUUUCCAUUUAAACCACCUAAAGUUAAAUUCGUGACACCGGUAUAUCAUCCAGCAGUCAAAGAUGACGGAAGCGUUUGUAAGCAUUAUUUACAUGGAUUAAAUUCUUUAAUUUGUCCUAUUUAUCUUCUAGGUCUCGAUCUUCUUGGUGAAAAAUGGACACCAAAUCUUUCAAUUGUUACAAUUUUACUUCAAAUAAUCGAAUUAUUGGCUGAUCCAAGUACUGAAAGUCCUCUUGUGUCUGCUAUAGCUCAACAAAUUCUUAAGAAUCCAGAUGAAUUUUAUGAAACAGCUCGAAAACAUACAAUAGCCCAUGCUCAACCAAAACCGAUGCAAUAG